GGCGUCGCGUCCGGAGCUCGGCUGAGGCGGCGACGGACCGAGGGAGCGGCCAUGGCGCCCGGCGGGCCGACCCCGCGCUCGGGGCUGCCUCUCGGCGGGGCCGCGCUGCUCCUGCUGCUCGUCUCGGCGGCUGCCGCGCAGGGGCCGCCCGGAGCGGCAUGCUCUCAGAACACAAACAAAACCUGUGAAGAAUGCCUGAAGAACGUCUCGUGUCUGUGGUGCAACACUAACAAGGCAUGUCUGGACUACCCAGUCACGAAAGUCCUGCCACCUGCUUCUCUCUGUAAACUGAGUUCUGCACGCUGGGGUGUUUGCUGGGUGAACUUUGAGGCGCUGAUCAUCGCCAUGUCUGUGAUGGGGGGCACUGUCCUCUUGGGCAUCGCCGUCUGCUGCUGCUGCUGUUGCUGCCGGAGGAAGAGGAGCCGGAAGCCGGACAAGAGUGACGAGAGGGCCAUGAGGGAGCGGGAAGAGAGGCGGAUCCGGCAGGAGGAGAGGAGAGCAGAGAUGAAGUCAAGGCACGAUGAAAUCAGGAAAAAAUAUGGUUUGUUUAAAGAAGAAAACCCAUAUGCCAGAUUUGAAAACAACUAAGACACACUCCUAACCACCGGCCGGCCCGGAGCUGCUGCGGGCCGGGUGGGAGCUGUGCUAUAAGGACAAUCCCGCCCUGCUGCCCUCUGCCCCCUGUCGUCUUUGAUUCUGUCCUUUGUCACUUGAGACGUCUGACCACUGGGGCUCUGACCUUUCUGAGCAGGAAACGUGCGUGCUCCCCUCCUCUCACUGUGAGCUGACUGCAGACUUCGUCCUCUGUGGCAGCAGCAGGGUUCCAGAGGUCUCUCUGCCCACCAGCAGGCUCGCAGCAGGAGUGACUGCUGGCCUGCCUUUGUCGCAGGAAGCACGGAGCAGCCCCUGGCAUUCCCUGUGUGUGCGUGCACAGGUGGGCCACCCCACUGUUAUUGUUGAAAACGCAGUUCCAGUACACGGUCUGUUGAGGAUUUACUUCCUGACCUCAGCUACUAUGGCCUUAAAUCUUUGUGUGUUUUUAAAGUGAUUCUUGAACUUUUUCUCCUCACCUAAAACAUUUCAUAAAAGUUUCCAUGUAAAAAGGUCACAUCCCUAAUUGGAAGGCAUUUUUAGUUUAUCUCUUUAAUAGAACGUGAGGAUCUUUUCCACUAUGGGAACAUGAAUGAUGGUCCCAUGCCAAGGGCACUGGUAGUCACUCCGAGGAACCUGGGUAGGGCUGGGGAGUGCCACCUGUUUGCCCUUUGCCUCCAGCCCCAAGGACUCGUGUGCAAGCUCAUCCAGAGAUCACACAGUCUCACUGCUCUCCCUGCCUGUUCUGUUGGGAGGUGGGUGUUUAGGGAUUGUGGGGGAUGGCAGGUCUGCCUGAGGAAGAAGGGCACAUCCCCAGGCAGCCCCUCCAUGGGGCUGUGUACCCCAGAAGCAAGUGUGUCUGGGACCCACACUUGACCCAGGAGACACUAGCAACUGUCAUGCGCUAUCAGACCACUCCUGGCUCCAGCCACUGUGGCCCGUGUGUGUUGAAGAGUGUCUCUUUUGGAAGUUCAGCAGUGGGACUGCAGGUACCGUACAUGAUACAUUUCUUUAAAAUCAAGAUGUGUGACUUUAGCAAAAUCUCAUAGGCCGAGCACUACCUGUCAGGGAAAGCAAUGGAUGGUGGAGCAGCUGUAUGAGAAGUUCCUUACAGGAAAUGUGAAAAUAAGUGCAGUUGCUGGGAGACUGAAUUUCUGAGGAGUUCCACUCGGAGAACAGCACCUGGAAUGAGCAGUGUUGUAGCUGCUGAGAGGUUGGUCUCCUCGGCAUCAGACCCCCGGGAGACUGCUCUGGGCCCGAGUACUUUAAGAAAUCACCAGCGCUUGAUCAACCUUUUCAGUGUGUCUGUCUGUGAAUUGACAUUUCUACCUUCUGGUUUUCACACAAAGGAGAAUAACUUUUAAAUUCUUUUGUCUUACUUCUCUGACUUCUUGGGCAUUUGAUCAGAAUUAAAAGUAUUACAGAACAUUCCUAAGUAUUUUAUAACAGCAGCCAUCAGAAUCUGACUUUGUUCCUUGUAUUCCUAGAAGACACUUGUGGUAGACGUCAUGAACUGUGUUAGUGCAGUAGUGUGGAUGUAAAAUCACACUUGUGGAAUGUAGGAUGCUAAGCUCAAAGUAGAGCCGCCGUUGUCACGUGCAGUAUUUAAUCCUCUCACGCAGCACGCAGGGCAUGUGAGGCUGGCCCUGCUCCACGACGCUUCUUCUCUGAAAUAGUACUAAGAGCAGCCACAGAUCUGUAACCUCAAGAAAACUGUACGAUUUGGAGUGCCUUACUUUUUAACCAGUUUCCAAUAAAAUUGUUUAAUACACACUU